UCCUUCUUCUUACAUCAACGCCAUCACCGACACCACACACACCCACACCCACACACAGAAAACACCCUGACGACGCAAUUGUUCGUUGGGGUUUGUCAAAAUCCGAGGAAAAUUUAAAUAAUUUUAUUUGUUAUCUCGGGUAGCGAUUCGACUCGCCUAUUGUCUUUGGCCUAGAUCUGUGCGAGCCAAAAAGGAAAAAAUUAAAUAGAAAAAAGGUUAUUGAGUUGAUUUAAGAAAAGCAUCUCAAAUUAAAGAUGAAGGCCCUAAUUCUUGUUGGAGGGUUUGGUACUAGAUUGAGGCCAUUGACACUAAGUGUGCCCAAGCCACUUGUUGAUUUCGCUAACAAGCCCAUGAUUUUGCAUCAGAUAGAAGCCCUAAAAGCUAUUGGAGUGACUGAAGUUGUCCUGGCUAUCAAUUAUCAGCCAGAGGUAAUGCUGAACUUCUUGAAAGAUUUCGAGUCAAAGCUUGCGAUUAAGAUCACAUGUUCACAAGAAACGGAGCCUCUUGGAACAGCAGGUCCCCUUGCUUUGGCUAGAGACAAGCUGAUAGAUGAUUCUGGUGAGCCAUUUUUCGUUCUUAACAGUGAUGUCAUCAGUGAGUACCCACUGAAGGAGAUGAUUGCAUUCCAUAAGUCACAUGGAGGUGAAGCUUCUAUUAUGGUGACCAAGGUGGACGAGCCUUCCAAAUACGGUGUUGUUGUUACGGAAGAAUCUUCCGGCAAGGUGGAGAGGUUUGUUGAGAAGCCAAAGAUAUUCGUGGGCAACAAGAUCAAUGCUGGCAUUUACCUUCUGAACCCUUCGGUGCUCGAUCGAAUCGAACUCCGCCCAACAUCCAUCGAGAAAGAAAUCUUCCCGAAAAUCGCGGCCGAGAAAAAGCUCUUCGCAAUGGUCCUACCAGGUUUCUGGAUGGACAUUGGACAGCCAAGAGACUACAUCACAGGCCUGAGGCUCUACCUGGACUCACUGAGGAAGAAAUCCUCUCCAAAACUGGCAAGUGGGGCCCACAUAAUCGGGAAUGUGUUGGUGGAUGAGAGUGCGAAGAUCGGAGAGGGGUGCUUGAUCGGGCCUGAUGUGGCGAUCGGGCCUGGCUGCGUUGUGGAGUCGGGCGUGAGGCUGUCUCGGUGCACGGUGAUGCGUGGGGUCCGCAUCAAGAAACAUGCAUGCAUAUCGUCUAGUAUUAUCGGGUGGCACUCGACGGUUGGUCAGUGGGCCCGUGUGGAGAACAUGACCAUUCUUGGAGAAGACGUUCAUGUUGGUGACGAGAUUUACAGCAAUGGUGGUGUGGUUUUGCCUCACAAGGAGAUCAAGUCCAGCAUUUUGAAGCCAGAGAUAGUUAUGUGAAAGGUCUGUUUGUUUUGAGAAGAUAGAGGGUUUGGUUGGUUAUAUAGUUUAAUGUUUGUGUCUUGUAUGGUUUGCUUCUUCGUCUUCUUUCUCCUCUGUUUUUCGUUUCUCUACAGUUUUUGAAUUUCCUACAGUCGGUCUAAUUGUAAAAGUCUGUCGCCGGUUCGAGUUUUAUAGCUAUGUCACUGGUGUUGAAUGUGUAAUCUGUUGUGAAUAUGAAAUAAAUUAUGUUUUUUUUUUUUAU